AUGGUACGUAGAGCACAGCACGCCCUCCCCGCCCCGCCCGCCUCGGAUACUAACCCGCCGCAGACAAACCCGCACACAGGCCUCCCCGACGAGUGGACCAUAAGGCUCUCCCGGACGCACGACCAGGAGUACUUCUUCAACAAGGAGACCGAGCAGUCGCAGUGGGACGCGCCCCCCGGUACAGACACGGCGAAGCUCGAGCAGUACCUCGGCCGGGCGCUGCACCGGCCAGCCAAGGUCCGCGUCAGACACUUGCUCAUCAAGCACAGGGACUCGAGAAAGCCCUCCUCCUGGAAGGAGGACACCAUCACCCGCACCAAGGAGUCCGCCGUCGAGAAGUUGAAGAGCUACAAGGACGAGAUCGAGCGGGGCGACGCCACCUUGGACCAGCUCGCCGUCGACAACUCCGACUGCAGCUCCCACGUCAAGGGCGGCGACCUCGGCUUCUUCGGCAAGGGCGAGAUGCAGCCCUCCUUCGAAAAGGCCAGCUUCGCCCUCCAGGUCGGCGACAUGAGCAACGUCGUCGAAACAGACUCCGGCGUCCACCUCAUCGAGAGAAUCGGCUAG